AAAGACAUGGGCAAGAUGCUCGGUGGGGAGGAGAAGGAGGACCCGGACGCCCAGAAGAAGGAGGACGAAAGACAGGAGGCGCUGAGGCAACAGGAGGAGGAGAGGAAGGCCAAAUAUGCAAAAAUGGAGUCAGAGAGAGAAAACAUCCGACAGGGCAUCAGGGACAAGUAUGGCAUCAAGAAGAAGGAGGAGAAGGAGGCGGAGGCGGCGGCUGCGAUGGAGCAGGCGUCCGAGGGCAGCCUCACCCGCCCCAAGAAGGCGGUGCCGACCGGCUGCGGCGACGAGGAGGAGGAGGAGAGCAUCGUGGACACGGUCAUGAAGUUCAUCCCGGCUCCGCUCAUGGAUAUGUUCAAUAAAAAGUAA